AUGGCGACAGUAGACAGAGAAACAAAUAUGCAGCCAAACUCCUGUUUCUCAUCGGCCGAGAGAGACAGCACAGCACUAACUGCGGCCCCGGUUUUCUCGGGGAAGCCGAAAGGCCGGCACCGCAGGCCCGCCCGCCCCUUAGGAAAACGGAGAGAAGGCCGCGCCCCGACUGUUUACGAAAAGGCACGGCCGCUGCGGCCCAACACCCGCACGCACGGACACACAGCCGCAAUCACACCCGCGCUGUCUCACCUGGGCCACUGCCAUCCCGGCCCACUGGCGCCCGGCCGCGCCACCGCCGCCUCAGCCGCCGCGGACCGCUUUCAAACCUCGGGUGCCUUCCCGCCCUGCGCACGUCCCUCUCUCCUCCCAUUGGCUGCUUCCCGCGCGCAGCAGCCUCCCGUCAGGGCCGUUGUGGCGCCUGCGCAGCGGCCCGCGGCUGCCUCCGGCCCGGCCCCCUAUACAGAAAGGAUGCUGCAAGGCACCAGGGAAAAGCCUGAGGAAACCCCUCAGCCAGCCCCAAGGCAAAUCUUCCAGGAAAGGCAGAGGAUCACUGGUCUGCCACUGUACUUGCAGGGUUACCUGUCUGUCCGGCCCUCAGGAUGCCAGGAAUUUAGAGUGCAUUGGACAGAGCUCAGAGGAACCAUGCUCUUCUUUUAUGAUGACAAGAAAGCCCCAAUGUACUCACAGAAAUUGGAUAUAUCAGCUCUCAACUCAGCAACCAGCGUUCACCCAGAUGGAAAUGGCUCUGCACAGUUCAUCCUGAGGCUGCCAAAUGGGGAAGUAGAAUUGAAGGCCAGUGACUGUGAGUGUGGGAAGGAAUGGAAGGGCUUUAUCCUCACUGUGACAAAGCUGUCAGUUCCAUCAGAUGAAUCAUUGCUACCUGGGCAGUUUACUAGAAUGCAUGAAGUGCUAGAGAAGGAGAAGAAAAGAAGGAUUACACUCAACAACUUUUCCAGCACAUCCCUGAAGAGAAGCAGUCCACCUAGCAGUCUGCUGACCACUAUGCCAGCGUGCUUCCAUGCAGUGUCUCGGCAAGAAGCAGCAGAGCUGCUGGCAAAGAACCCUUCCUGUGGGAGCCUGAUCCUGCGGCCCGGCAGCGACAGCAAGAGCUACGCUGUCUCCGUGCGAUACGAGCUGGGUGCCCCGUGCUUAAAGCACUACAGAGUGCUGGCCAAAGGAACGAGUUACAGCAUUGAGCUAGAAAGAAAGGUGACAGUGCCAAGCCUUCAGGAUGUUGUCAAUUACUUUGUGACCCAAACCCAAGGGAACCUGAAGCCAUUUGUGAUGCAGACAGGCACUGCAGAGGAUCCAGCAGUCUGA